AUGUCCACGCCAUCUAAGCGCCGUCUGAUUCGAGAUUUCAAAAGGUUGUCAACCGAUCCUCCAGGUGGCAUUUCCGGUGCACCAUGUGCGGACAACCUUAUGAUUUGGAAUGCGGUAAUCUUUGGUCCGGCAGAUACUCCAUUCGAAGAUGGAACGUUUAAGCUAGUCCUAACGUUUGACGAAUCAUAUCCCAAUAAACCGCCAACAGUCAAAUUUUUAUCAAAAAUGUUUCAUCCAAACGUUUAUGCAAAUGGAGAAUUGUGUUUGGACAUCUUGCAAAACAGAUGGUCUCCCACUUAUGAUGUUGCUGCAAUCUUGACUAGUGUCCAGAGUCUGUUGCACGAUCCAAACCCGAACAGUCCUGCUAAUGCAGAAGCUGCUUCGCUCUAUCGCGAAAACAUGAAAGAAUACGUACGAAGAGUUAAAGCAACAGUUGAACAAUCUUGGCUUGAUGAUGGAGAAGGAGAAACAGCAACUGGAUCAGGAGCGAAUGAAGGAGAUACAGCUAUGGCAACAGAUAGUGCAACGUAG